AUGCCCCGGGUCGAUGUGCGUCGUGGCAACGUCACUGCCUGCACGCGCUGCAAGAGUCGCAAGCAGCGGUGCGACCAGCAACUCCCAGCGUGUUCAAAUUGCAAACGAGCAGGCGUUGACUGUGUUGGUUUCGAUACAGUGACAGGACGGAUCGCCCCGCGGAGCUAUCUCCAGAGUCUAGAAGACCGGGUUGCCUUGCUCGAGAAGGUGCUUGAAGACAACGGGAUCAGUGCUGAUACUCCCACUCAGGGACAGUCUGUCACCCCGGAGGCAACAGACAGGGCAACAGACAGGGCAGCGGAUAAGGCAGCAGACAAGGCAGCAGACAAGGCAGACAAAGUGCUCCAGCAAGCGGCGUUUGCCUCACUCUCGGCGACCUCGUUUCCUCGCUAUCUGGGUGCUGGAUGCGGUCUGGGCCUGACCCGGCUACUGCUACUGGAAAUUGGCACCGAGAUCGAAGCUCUGCAGAAUGGCGUCGCUGCUACACACAAUGCCGAGUGGUACGAACCAAUCGACACAAUGCUGCUGUUCCCCACGGCUGUCAACCAGCUGCCGCCGCGAUCCAGCGCCGAGCGGCUAGUAAACACCUUCUUCGACCACAGCGACUGGUUCCUCCCUAUUCUGCAGCGGGCGAGCUUCCAGGUGGAUCUGGACGAGGUGUAUUGCCAGCCGAUGCUCAAAGACUACCACAACGCUGUGCCCGAGGGCGCUGAACACCGCUUCCUGCGAUACUACAUGGUACUGGCGAUCGGUGUGCUGCUGCUCGUGAAACGGGACACGUCAACCCCGUAUCUGAUGUCCGACCAGCUGCUGGUCUCGGCAAUCAGAAUUAUCGAUCACCGACCUAUGGCCAUCUUCACGGGCGACCUGUACCACAUGGAAGCCCUGCUGCUGCUGGCGCAAUACGUCUCGCUACAUCCAAAGUCUAGCGGGGCGUCGCAUGUUGUCGGGCUGGCCACGCGCCUUGCUGUUGAUCUCGGUCUGCAUGAAACCCCCUGCCAGUUGCCUGGCAUGGACAGCGCAGAGCUGGACCGGCGUCGACGCCUGUUCUGGGCUGCGUACUCGCUCGAGCUCAACAUCUGUGCCGUGCUCGGGCGGCCGUGCUCCAUCCCGGACGAAGCCAUCUCGACCGACUACAUGAGCAUCGACGAGGGACCCGCGGUGACAGAGGAGCAGACUCUGGCGACCCGCGUGGCCGUCUGGAUUAUCCGCGGGCGUCGGCUCGAAGCAGAGAUCCAUGCCAGGCUCUUCCAGGCCGUGCCCCGAGGAUACUUGUUCGACUUUGCCGCGUGGAAGGCAGAUAUGCUGGAGCGUGUGCGGCAGUGGCACUGUGAGCGACCAGACUCUCCCCGCACCGGGCACCGGCACAUCUUCGCCGGCUUCUACACCAACAUCAACGUUCUCCUGCACUCACCGAACCGGUUCCAGCCUACGCUCUCGCUGGAGGAGGCGGCGUUACUCACCCAGAGUGCCAUCAACAGUGUGUUCUGCUACCGCACAGCCAUUCUCUACUGCAUGUACAAGAUCCCCAGACUUGUCGACACAUUUCCCGCAGGCAACCUCGCCGCCGCCACCGCCUCCUGUUCCGCCGUGCUCUGGGGCAUGGUGGAGCGGUAUCCCCCUGGGAAGAACUGCCGCGACGUGUUUGACCAGAUCAACCAUCGGGUCACGACGCCAGGCAAUAUCAUUCACCUCGAAAAUCGAAUGACUGACGGCAGCGGCAGCGGCAGCGGCAGCAACAGCCAUCUGGCGCCCAUUGAGCCGUUUCAAAGCUUCCUAGCCGAUCUGUCUCCCGCUUGGCCAGACGAUUUGCAAGAACUACUGUCUACAGAAUACGCCGCGGCACACAUGGACACAUUGUUCUGA